AGAAAAAUGGAUUACAAUGAUUAAAGCGUUGGGGUAUGCUAUUGUUGCAUGUUCUUUACUUACAAACAUUAUAUUUAUUUGAUGAUGACAACCAAUGCCAUUUAGGGGUUUAUUUUAAUAGCAAUAGGAAUAUUUGGACUUUUAGAACAAUUUGAAUUACUUGUAUUUUAAAGACCAAUAGCUCUGAGCUUAUUAAGUUUAGGUAUUUGAAAUAUUAUAAAGAGAUAGGUAGUUUGGUUGUAAUUGGACUUAUAUUAUAAUUAAUAUUCUUUGUUAGACAUUCAGUAUUAUAUAUUGGAAAAAUAAUGGUAGGAGUAAAUGUUUUGACCUCUUUAUUUGAUUUAAGUUCAGGAAUAAUAUUACUUUUGUCUUGUUUCAUGGAAUUAACUUUCAUAGAAUUCAAUGAAACACAGCAAUCUUUUAGCUCGACAAAAAGAACAAUUUUGUUAAUAAUCUCUAUAAUAAUAAUUGUUAUAUCUUUAUAUGGAUUUUGGAUGACAUAUCUUCAAUACUAAACCAUAGAGCCAUUAUAAGAGCAACUAGAGAAGGAGACCAAAGUUGUUCCAGUAAUUUCAUUACGCCAAGCUGUAGCUAGAAAGUUCUCUAAGAAUUUCAUAGGUGAACUCACACCAAAUAAUGGGAAAAUGAAUAGACAAACAAGAGGAGAUUCAACAUCAGAUUAAUCUUAACCAUUAUAAAUAAUAUAAGUAUAAGAUUAUUAAUAUAUUUAAAGUCAAAACAAUAAAAUUAAGAAGAAUUUCAUGAACCUUAUUCCAAUCAAAGAAGUGAGAAACUUAUAAAAGUAUCUGAAAAUUUGACUCCAUAUAAUGAUUAUUACACUUCCUCGACUAAUACAAUAAGACUUCCUCAAUAAACAGAUGAUAUACAGACUUUAAGAAAGUAAAGAACUCCAAGAUCUACUUUUAGUAAAUAAUAAUAAGAAGGUUGA